AUGUUAAUUUCAUCUACCACUCCUGGCGGCCCGAAUCAACAGCCCCUCAUAGGGCCUUCUUUACGCCCAUUGCCCCCUCGGAAGUUGGAAUACACGCCUUUAUACUUCACUAUAGACAGUUUGAUCGAUCCGCAGCGCCCAGCUAAAGCCUUGACUACUGUGGAAAACACGGUAACACGAAAAGUUCCCACGGCUUGCCGUCGCUUCUUCCAACCGCCCCUAUGUGGAAUGUUCACGUCCGAUAACAGCAGCAUUCGAGUGGAUGAUCCCGAGCUGGCGACCAAACGUACAUGUGUACGCCCAAAGAAAGAGUCCUUACAUGGCAGUAUGACUUCAGCGAAGAGUCGGCGAAAAGAUGGGACUGUGAAAAUGGAGUCGACUUCAUCGGCGCGACAAGGAAAGCAUGUGGUGUGCCCAGCUAUGUCAGUGGAGAGAAAAUGGGAGGCGGUCAAUAUUCUACAGGAGUCCCUACCUGGUCUACCCGAGGGUCAUGUGGAGAAAGCAAUUUUCUCCGCAACAAGUAGUCGCUUUGAAUGCUGGAGUCUCGUCUUGGACGGUGGCGAUGGCGAGCUCGUGAGCGCGGCGGUUUUUGCGCGACAUUACAAAUUUGGAUUUAUUGAGCUGGCGUAUAUAGCCACCUCGGAGGCUUAUCGAGGUUGUGGCUACGGUCGGAGUCUACUACACACUUUGAUGCAACAAUGGGUUCACGAAGGUUUCACCGAGGUUAUUAGUAGUGUUGAUCAGAAGGCUGUUGGCUUUUUUCAGGCGAUGGGGUUCGAGGAGACGAUUCGAAUACCGAAAUUUGUCUACGCCCAGUGGAUCGACACGUAUGGGUCUGCGAAAACACUAGGGUGUGAUAUUGGAGUAAAACUAGCCCGGCUGCUGAGCCCGCGAGCAGUGAUGGCUUCCAAACGCAUUGCAGCUGAUCCGGGAUGCCCGGUGUCGGUGUUGGCAGGGCAGGAGAACGCACCGGGAGAAGACGAGGUUUGGUGUCGGGCGAGGAUAACGAAUAAUCAAGCUGCGACUGGUUUGGUGACCAUAACAUAUCGUCACGGACAGGCUCAUAGGGUGGAGACUUUACCCACGACCUGUCCUAGGCUGAAGAUUGGUGACUCUUCUAAUACGGCAAGUGGAUUGCCUCAUUUCCCGGCGAGCACUAAGGUGCAUCAAUAUCCCUUCGGUAUGGGUGUUCAGUGGCCUGCAGCGAAGUGUAGCGAUUGUGUUGACCGUCGCAACCGAGCGAAGCGAUGCAAGAAUUGUCACAAGUGUCUGGCGAAGCAUUGCAUUUGUCGACGGAGUGGUAUGGGAAGCGAUGUCCGGACUAAGCUGCCUAGGAAGAAGGAGACGGUUGUGUGUGGAUGCAACACCAUACGAUGUCCAGAGUGUGGCAACUGCUUAGCUUCCCAUUGCACUUGUGUUGGCGGGCCUGCGUUUGAAGUUGCAUCGAGGAAGCGCUCGGCUGAUGAUGGAUUUAGUGACACUCCUGGACCGACUAAAGUGAUCAAGACGGAGACUCCUUCUGGCAUUAACUAUACGGGCUUCGGCGAAGUGAAGUGUGGUUGCCACCAGAGACGGUGUAUGAAGUGUCAGCAGUGCAUCUCACGCCACUGCCAAUGUGAAGACCCGACGCCUUAUCCGCAAACGUCCAAGACACGCAAGCCCUCGAAGGCAGUGACGCCAGAUAAUCUACCUAUCGAAUCUAAUACCACACCAGAAGGAACUCCUAUUAAAGAGCAUGGUAUAGCAGCGUCACCUCCUAACGUGGUCGCCCUGGCAGCUGCCGCGGCGGUGGCGAAAGUGGCUGCUAAGAAGGAGGAGGCGCCGGUGGGUGCUGUUGCAAGACGAAGUAGAAGAAGUGUGGUACGACCACAGGCGGACCAGGAGCCCGUGGCGAAGGUUGAGGAGAUUCCCCCGAUGGUGACACGGCGACGGACUAGGAGCAUGUCUAAGGAUUUUAGGAAGACCACAGCGGCAACCCUACUUAAAGACGACUCUUCGUCGAGUGCAUCAACCUCGUCAGCAGCGAAGGCUAUGAGUUCUACGUCAGCCUCUGGUCACAAGUACGGUGACUAUAGGACAGCGGUACGAGACAGACGAGGGAAUAUCUUAUGGACAGCAGCAAGCGGUCGAUCUUGUCCGUGCCACCAUAGGAAGUGUGACACGUGUGGCCUAUGUGUUGCUCGACAUUGUCAUUGUAAUGGGUGAGCAUCAUUACUAUCAUAAGGAGCACUUGUAACAAGUUUGAUA